AUGUCGAUUCCCCAGGAUCCAACAGCGGACUGUGUUCUUGCCCUCCAGAUUGCGGGACCCACAUCGUCAGACAUCAUAUGCACAAUAACUGGUGCUAAUCUCGGGGUGGAAGAAGGGAAGCGAACAGUCAUACUAUCCAACGGCAGCACCGUAAGCUCAAAUUCCACGAUAUGUAUAAAUAAGUUCAACGAGGCGGGCAUCAAUAGCAUAUUCUCCGGGGCCGUUGAUUUGUUGGCUGCGCUGAAGGCAGGCAACCUGUACAGGAGGGAGAUGGCAGGAGAGCAGGUCGUUCCAUCAUGUGUGUCAUUCCUCGUCCCGGCCGAUGUGGGUUCCGACGUUACCAUGGAACUCACCCUUGGUCGCGAACUGGGUGAACAACUGGCGCUAAAGCUAUACGGUCGCCGUUGAAAGGUCGAAGGGUUACAAGAUUAAACGCGUUGCAUUCCGUUGAGACCCUCAACAACCCGUUUCAUCGGGCAUCUGAAGACAGUGACUUGUCAUUUCUAAGCAUCUUCUCAAACAUUGAGCCACCUAUACGCAUAGAGAAGCGGUGACAUAGCCUUCCGAGAAGGCCUGGUUUAGUACAGGGCUG